UUAACCCUGUCCUGUCCCUCCAAACCACGCCCCUACGUACACUUGUGCCAGGUAAUAAAUCCCACCAUUCUGUCAUCAUCAUUCCCUCCUGUACGCAUAAAUUAGUCUUGGGUUAACCCAGAUCAGACCUAGCUAACCAUGCCAUGCUUCACUCGCAAGUCACUAGGUAACCAUGCAUCUCCGGCUGAAGCUACACCGUUGCAAAGAAGCUUUUCGCGUGGCCAUCAUGCUAGCUUUCACUCGUCCAACUAAAAUGUCCCCAUGCUGUCCCUGACUUACGCUACCGCUUCUAUUUCCAGCUGCCAUGACGACAAGUGUGCUGCGCCGCGAAGCUUGUCUCGUGCUGCUGCUGCUGCUCCUCCUCGCGGCGACCGUUGCGCUUGCCGUUCCGCAGCAGCAGGAGCUGCAGCUGCAGGACACUGUCUUGCUCGACGACGUCGUGCAGGAGGCCGCGGAGGAGUGGUACCACGGGAGGCACCGGAAGACGGGCGUCGCGUACCCGCUCUCGCUCCCCGGGAGCCUGUCCGGCGUCGGGGCCACCGUGUCGCGGUUCCGCGCCGGCAGCCUCAGGAGGUACGGCGUCCGCCGGUUCGGCGAGUUCUCCGUGCCGCCGGGCCUCGCCGUGCGCGGCGGCCGCACCACGCACCUCAUCGCCGUGCGCGUCAACCUUCGUAACCUCUCGUCCGUCUACGACGGGUACGCGGCGGGCGCCGGAUACCGCCUCGCGUCCCCGGUGCUCGGGCUCAUGUUCUACAGCCUGGCGCGGCGCAAUGGCACAGCCGUCCUGGAGAUCGACCUCACGGGCGCCGCCAUCCGCGUCAACUUCUCGAUGGCCGUUCCAGCGCUCCAGCCAGGGGCCGCGGUGCUCUGCAUGGCCGUUGGGCUCAACGGCAGCGUCACCGUGACGGACGUGGAGGACGGGACCAACACCUGCCACGCGUCGGACCAGGGCCACUUCGCGCUCGUCGUGGGGGGAGCAGGCGACGGCGGCGGGGAGGCUGAGAACGGGGAAGUGAGCAAGUGGAAGCUGGCACUGUUCGGCGCGGCGCUGGGCGCGGGCGGUACCGUGCUGCUGGGGAUGGUCGCCGUGGCGGUGGUGAGCAUCCAGCGGCGCAAGUCGGAGAUGGCGGAGAUGGAGCGGCGCGCGUACGAGGAGGAGGCGCUGCGCGUGUCCAUAGUCGGGCACGUCCGGGCGCCGUCGGCGACCGGGUCGCGCACCACGCCGGAUGAGCUCGAGAGCGAGUACUGUGCCACAUUGUGACACGGGCUCAUAUUGGAAGGAGAAUAAUUACAUUUGAUUCUUUUACAAGGUUCUGUGUUUAGGAAUUUCCAUCAACAUUCUUUCUGUAAGUUUGUCUGUGGUAAUACUUUGAUUGAAAUAAUAGAUCGACUAUGUAAACAUUAGAGUACUAGCAAGCAGUUAAACGUAUAAACUUAUUUUGUAGUUAUAU